AUGCAACCGCCCCCGGAGCCCACCGGCGACGCGCUCGCGGAGUGCUUCCGCCUGUUGGAUGAGCUCCCAGCCGCGGCAGCUUUGUCUCCGGCGUUCCGCCGCCACUGGCCGUCCAUCUCCGCCUCCGUCUCGUCGCUCUCUUCCUCCCUCUCGCAGCCCGCCUUCCCGUCCUCCGCGCCGCUCCUCGCGCCCCUCGCGUCCGCGCUCUCGGCUCUCAUGUCCGUCUGCAGUGGCCCUCCCCUCGGCCACCUCCACACCGUCUCGCUCCUCUCCUCCUCCGCCGCCUCGCUCUCCCAGCUCGCAGCCGACGCGCGCCUGCUCGUCUCCCCGGCCGAAGGCGAUGGGUCUGAGUCCGACGGCCUGCUCUCUCGCCUCCGGCUUGGCUCGUCCGUUUCCCGAGCCGCGGCGCUCGACUCGCUCGCCGAAUCUGUCCGGUCGUCCCAGCCGGGGUCGUGCUCUUCCACUGCUGUGUCUGCGGUCGCCGCGAUGCUCGACUCCGGCGAUCUCCUUCCGGCCACCCGCGACAAGGCCGUGUCCGUGCUGGCCGCGUUCGCGUCCUCCGAGGCCACUUGCAGGUUCUUGGCCAAGGAGUCGGGCACCGUCGUGCCCCACCUCUGCCGCGCGCUGGAGUCCGGCGGCGCCAGCACCGAGCAGGCGUGCGUCGCGCUGGAGCCGCUGACCGCCUCGUCGCGGGACGCGGCGGCGACUGUGUCGGCUCGUGGAGGCGUGGGCGCGCUCCUCGUGGCCUGCGCCUCCGGCACCCCGGCGUCGCAGGCCGCUGCCGCGGGCGUGCUCCGGAACAUCGCCGCGUUCCCGGACCUGCUGCCCGCGUUCCGCGAUGAGGGCGCGAUCCCCUUGCUCGUGCAGCUCGUCUCGCUCGGCACCCCGCGGGCGCAGGAGCACGCGCUCGGCUGCCUCCGGAACCUAACGGCCAGCGACGGCGACGAGGGCCAGAGCCUCAAGGUCGAGGCGUUCCACGCAGGCGCCCUCGGCUGCGUCAAGGACUUCCUGGAUUCGUGCCGCGGCGAGGAGCCGGGCCUCGCGCCGGCGUUCGGGCUGCUCCGCAACAUGGCCUCCUUCCGCGUCAUCGCCGAGAUAGCCGUGUCCGCCACCUUCCUCAGCCAUGUGGUGGCCGCGCUGGGCAGCGACAGCACCAACACCCGCACGGAGGCCGCCAUGGCGCUGGCCGAGCUCUGCAACGUCGGCAGCGGCAAGUCGAGGGAGGAGGUCGGGGAGGCGAUGCCGAGGCUGGUGUGGAUGCUGGAGGCGAAGGCCGUGGCCGAGAGGGACGCGGCCGCGAGGGCGCUGGCCACGCUGGUCGCCGCGAGCGGCAGCUACCGGGCGCUGUUCCGGAAGGAGGAGAUGGGCAUCGUGAAGGUGGUCCGGCUGCUGGACCCGGCCGUCCGGGGCGGCGACAAGCGGUUCCCAGUGGCGGUGCUGCUGGGCGUGUCGCAGUCCCGGCGGUGCCGGAAGCAGAUGGUGGCCGCCGGCGCGUGCGGGUUCGUGCAGGCGCUGCUGGCCGCCGAGGUGGACGGCGCCAAGAAGCUCUCCGAGUGCCUCGGCAGGGGCAGGAUGCUCGGCGUGUUCCCCCGGACAUGA